GUGCCCCGGCCCGCAGUUGGCGGGGUGACACCGGAACUGCAGCCGUGCCCGUCGGGGCCGCCCGGCGCGCCGCCUGCUGUGCCGCCGGCGGGGCCUGGGGCCGGUGGGAGCGGGCGGCAGAGUCGCUCCGUUGCCUCCGGCGGCCGUCCCGCCCGCGGGGAAGGCGGGGAGUUGGCGGGGGCGGGCAGAGGCCGUCGUGGCUCUGUCCAAGGUCUCUGAAAUCGCCUCUCCUUCCAAGUGCCGUUCCAGCGCCAGAACGCUUUCGUUCGUCCCUAGGUAACUUGUUUUUAACUCCAUUCCCAAUGCAAGUCAGAAUGCAGACUGCUUCAUGCAUACAUCCAGAUUUGUACCUUUACUGUCUUCUGAAGUUAAGAUGAGAGGAUGGGAGAACAAAUAGGAUGCCUUCAAUACCUGGGUAGCACACCGGACACAGGAAGAGUCUGAAUAUAACUUAAGACCAUGGCAGCACGCUGGAGAAGAAUCCUGGUAAUAUUUGUGGCAGCUCAAGUCCUAUUUGUGGUAAAUGCCUUUGAGGAAGAGGAUGUACCUGAAGAAUGGAUUCUUCUUCAUGUUGUUCAAGGUCAGAUUGGAGCAGGAAACUACAGCUAUUUGAGACUAAACCACGAGGGAAAGAUCGUACUUCAGAUGCGGAGUUUAAAAGGUGAUGCAGACUUGUACGUAUCUGACAUGACUCUUCACCCCAGCUUUGACGAAUACGAGUUACAGUCCGUAACUUGCGGCCAAGAUGUUGUCCAUGUACCCGCGCACUUCCGCCGACCGGUGGGAAUAGGGAUUUAUGGUCAUCCCUCUCACCUGGAGAGCGAGUUUGAAAUGAAAGUGUACUAUGAUCGAACCGUUGUACAGUAUCCGUUUGGCGAGGCUUCUUACAACCCCGAGGAGAUGGAGGCGAACCAGAAAUACUCACAGUCUACAGAAGACGAAUCUCAGGAUGAGGAGUCUGUUUUCUGGACUAUACUGAUUGGAAUCUUGAAAUUAAUACUUGAAAUUCUUUUUUAAAUUGAUACACACUGGACUAAGUCACACUUCAGCCUGUGAAAUUGAACGUGAAUGACUUGCUGGAAUAUUUAAUACUCCUUGUUCUGUUUCCUGAAGAGGUAUUCAGGUUACUUUUCCUAAACCAGAAAGGGAGUGGGGGAAAAAGCCAUAUUUAAUUUUAUAUUGUAAAUCCUCCCCUAUAUGUAAAAUGAGCAGCGAGCACAGUAUUUACAGUGUUCUUCAGAGAUCAGGGCUUAAAAAUGAAUGGACAGUUGGGAUCUUGUUGAAUUCACUUUAAACAGGUGCUUAGGAAAAUCAACUCGAAUUCAGUAUUUUCUAUCACUUUUUUUUUAUAUAAAGAAAAGUAAAAUAAACUGCUGCACUUCAGUACCCCCCUCUCAAUUUAGAGCAUAUUUUAAAAUAAAAUCUACUCCUUUUCUGAGCAAGUAUCUCCAGUAAAACUAAUUAUCAAUGGCUUUUGAGUGUAUUCAAGUUGAGGAGCCUGGGGCAAAGGAAGGAAAACCCAAUCAGUCACCUGAGGGGAUGGAUGAUCUCUAUUUUGACUGCUUGUGCUCUACAUUGUCAACCAUCUGUCAAGCAGAGGUCUGUCCAGUCACUCACCACCUCUACAGACCCAUGACCUGAAUCGAGUACGCGUUACUUCUUCACUAUUACUGCAGGCAACAUAAAGCCUUCAGCUGUUGUUACUUGUCAGUACGACAUUUUCAUUCCUCUUUAAAAGCAAGGCAGCAUAUCGUUAUCUUGAACUUGAGAGGUGUUUUCUUACACCUCCCUUUCUAGCUUUUUGUGAUUGAUUUUUAUUUUUUUUAGUACAUCUUUAUGAAUAAGUCAUUAGCUUGCAAAGAAAAUUUCUGCUGAAAGAAAUUUGCAGUACAUGGUAAGAAGGUCAGGUCAUGCCCACUCUUCCUUGAAAGUUAGUUUUUUUCCAGGAGUAUUUUUUGCUUUGGUUGAGUCUUUGAAAAUAACCAGUUGCUAUGCAAAUAGUGUAUAUUUAAAUUGCUCUGUAAUUUUCUUUUCACAGAGCUUACUGAUGAGUGCACUGAAAUAAACAAGUACGUUACUAUAAUUUUAUACAAAUGGUGCACGUACAAUUUAAAUUUCAUUACUGAGAGCCUUUUAAGUGGGAAUUUGGCUUAUCUAUCUCUAUCUAGACAUCUGACAGGACAUGAUUAGUCACUUGUAU